GGAAGACCCAGACAUCCACGGACAGAGCUGUGGACACACUCGGAAGGGAAGAGACAGGUGAGGGAGAAGGACAGGGAGGGGGUGAGGCCCGGGAGAGCCUGCCUUCUGCCUCUCACCUGGGCUGAGCUGCCACUUGCUGGGCCUCAGCCUGGAAGAUCCACCUCUGCCCCCAGUCUUUGGGGUUAGAGACCUGUCUCUCCCAACCUCCCCUCAUCUUUCCUGUGUUUUCACCCAAGGAUCUGUGGAAAGAGAAGUCAUAAAGAAAACUUGCAGAACUUGGCUUUUACUGUGCCUUACCUCUCUCUCUAUUCUCUCUCUAUAUAUAUCAAUUAUCUGUAAAUCCAGAAUAGCUCUCAGGUCUGUGGAAGCAGGAAGUAUUUGCUCAUUUUACAGAUGAGGAAACCAAGUCUCAGAAAGGCUAAGUGACAGAUAGGAAGGGGUAGACAGAGCCAGGGUUUGAAUCCAUGUCUGAUCACUGCCCAUUCACAGAUACCCAAGUUGAGGAAAUUAGGCCACCAAAUAGUGCUCCAGGAGGGUCUGCACUGGAGUGUAUUCUGGGAAGGCUGCCUGGAGGAGGCGGCAUUGCAGCUGCCCCUUGUCCUUCCUGAGCUCACUGCCUGGGGAGGGUAGGCUGUGGCUGAAGGGCCUGCCUGCUGCCCUGUAGGGUCCCUGUUUAGAGUCCCCCUUCCCUCUCCCCCAUCACCCUGCCGGGGGCCCAGGCCUACAGGCCUAGCCUUGAUUUCUUAGGAAUACCAGCCCUGGCCCAGAGCUUAACCCUUUGUUAGCCACCUGCUGCAGCCACCAGGCUCUGGUUUGGGUGUGCGAGCUGGUCCACAGUGCCCCUUGCGGCCCCAGAGUUUGUCUUCAAUUGCUUGGAUUCAGAGACUGGGCCCCCAAACCCAGUUAACCCAGGUUGGACCUUAGUGGGGCUGUUCUGACUACCUUUCAUUUAUCACUUUGUCUCUGCAGGCAGCAGAACAAAACAGUAAAGCACAGGGGCUCUGGUUCAGGCUGUUGGGGUGCCACCCCAGCUCUACCACCCAUGUGACCUUGGGCAGCUCCCUUUACGGCUAAAGAUCUCAGCUUCUUCAACUGCAAAGUGGGGUUAAAAGCAGUGCUCACCUCAGAGUGGUUGAAAGGAUAAACUGAGUCACGUGCAGGCUCAGCAUGAUACCUGGCAGGUAGCAACCAUGAAAAUGUUAGCUUUUAUUAUUGUUAAAUACGGGAAACCGUGCUCUGAAGAGCCCACCUUGACCCUCAGAGGGUGUGCUGGGCCAGGGGACUCGCCGGCUGCUUCACCAUGAGGUGUGUGUGUGACUGCUGAUUGUCACGUCUGUGUCCCUCCUAGGCAGGGCACUCCCUGAGGGCAGGGAUGGGGUUGCAUCCUCCACUUCCUGUGUCUGGCUUACAGGAUCAUAUGACAGGGGCUCUGGAUCGCAUCUAGUAGACAAACAGGACACCCUCUAGGCUCUAAAGUCCUCUGAUUCCUGGGAGGGUGUGUGAGCGACGUGUUUCUUCCAGUCCGUGAGGCUGGUGGUGGGAGCUGCUCACUUGUGUUCCGAGCAGCUGACUGUGUCCCCAAAGCUCUUUACAUGUGUGAUUUCAAUUCAACAAUCCUGCAAGAUGUGGGUGCUACUAGUAUCAUCUUAGAGGUGAGGACCUUGGAGCUCAGAGUGGUUCAGUAAACUCACUUGCUCAGCUAAUAGCUGAAACUCAGGUCAAUCUUAAAGGAAACUUGCGCUUUAUGGCCUCAUAAUUUUCCUGGUGCCCAAAGUAACAACAUUUAUGUUUGUUUGUUUGUUUUAACAACUACAGAAAGGGGGAAGGGGAGUAAGACCAGAGAUUGAAAAACAAGAUAGUAGGGAGGUCAAAAGCCUGCCCCUGGAGUCAGCAGGGGUUGCAGGAAGCACAUCACCUGUCCAAUGUGGAAACGAACAGAGCUGCAUGUGACCAGCCUCUCGCCUGGGCCAACAGGACAAAGUCCAGAGAACUGGAAAGCAGUGUGCAGACGGGCCGGCUUCCAGAGCAGGGCAACCAGACCGGGCUCUCCCCCUCCUCUUCCAGCCAGAAAAGCAGUCUGAGCUCCCACGGGGUCAGUUGCCUGACUCACCCAACUGGCUGGGCAGUGGCUCAGGCCAGAGGCUCAGGGAUAGAGGCCCCACCCGUGCAGAGGACAGGGGCCCUCCUUAGGCUGCCCCACCCCACCCAGCCCUGCUUAUCACUGGUUCCCUCGCCCGGGAGUGGCAGUGAUCGCUCUCUGACUCGGAGGCCUCCCAGCCAGGCACACCUCUGGAGGCUGCUGAAACCCCCAGAAGUCUUCAGACUGUUGGCUAGGCAAUCGACAGCUUCCAGAUGAUAAUCAUCAUCAUCAUAACUGCUAACAUUUAUUUGACAUUUACUAUAUGCCAGCUACUUUAUGGGUACUAAUACACCACAACCCAUUAUUAAGUCCAUUUUACAGGUAGGAAUACUGAGGCACAGUAGUGACGUGAUGGUCUGAAGCCACACAGCUGGGAAGAUGAGGCAGUCACAUCUUCAGGCGAGGAGCGUGGGAGGAAUGGGCUGGCCUGGGCUGCAGCUUAGAUUGAACCCUGCUGUGCCACAGCCUGAAUUACUGUCACACCUGUGUGGGGUGGGAGGGCUUAGUAUCCCCCUUCCCCAAUAAGGAAGCAGCUCUGCAGAGGCUCCCAAGUUCAGGUGGCUGACACAUGGCAGAGCCAGGGGUGGGAACCCAGGGCUGACUGUAUAACUCUCAGUCCGGUGCUCCACAUACCCCUCCGUGCAGAUGCCCUGGUGAGCAGAGAUAGAGCAGCAGGUGGAAAGAGAAGAGCUCUGGACCAGGCAUCUCCAAGUCCUCCCUGCAGGCUCACCUCUGAGCUUGCCGUGCACCUGUGGCAAAUCUCUUGCUCUUCCUGGAUCCCUCUGAAAAUGCUGUGAUCUCACAGUUCUUCUCGUGCACAGUGAUAUUGCUCUGGGUGCAUCUUCUAGGACCUGUGUUCUGGGAACACAGCGUUCCGGGAAACGCUGCUCUGUCCGGGCCUAUUUGACAGGAAGCUUCUGGACCGGCAGGAUGGGGUCUGCUUGUAUUAAAAUCACCAAGUACUUUCUCUUCCUUUUCAACUUGCUCUUCUUUAUCCUGGGCGCAGUGAUCCUGGGCUUCGGGGUGUGGAUUCUGGCCGACAAGAGCAGUUUCAUCUCCGUCCUGCAGACCUCCUCCAGCUCACUCAACACGGCGGCCUACGUCUUCCUAGGCGUGGGGUCUCUCACCGUGCUCAUGGGCUUCCUGGGCUGCGUCGGCGCCAUCAAUGAGGUCCGCUGCCUGCUGGGGCUGUACUUUGCCUUCCUCCUCCUGAUCCUCAUUGCCCAGGUGGCUUCUGGGGCCCUCUUCUACUUCAGAAUGGAUGAGGUGAAGCAGGAGAUGGGUGACAUCGUGUCCAAGCUCAUUAGGAGCUACAACACCACUGGUAAGGACAGCCUGCAGGAGGCCUGGGACUACGUGCAGGCUCAGAUGCAGUGCUGUGGCUGGUUGAGCUUCCGCAACUGGACGGACAACGCCGAGCUCAUGAGCCGCCCCAACAUCACCUACCCCUGUUCUUGCAAGAAGAAAAGGGACGAGGACGGCAGCCUCCUCAUGAUGACGGGCUUCUGCGAGGCCCCCCACAACAGCACCCAGAGUGGCAACAGCCCCGAGGACUGGCCUGUGUACCAGGAGGGCUGCAUGGAGAAGGUGCAGGCGUGGCUGCAGGAGAACCUGAGCAUCAUCCUAGGCGUGUGUGUGGGCGUCGCCGUCAUUGAGCUCCUGGGGAUGCUCCUGUCCAUCUGCUUGUGCCGGCAUGUCCAUUCCGAAGACUACAGCAAGGUCCCCAAGUACUAAUGCAGCCCUUGUCCCCACCUCCUGCCCGACCCCAACUUCACGGCUCUUAGGAGCUUCCCUGGCUCCCUCCUCCAGGCCUACCUCCCUUGCCCUACUCUUCCUGUGCUGGCUAGAAGUGGGGCUUUCUAGGGCCUGGAGGAACCCUCUGCCUGCCUUGCUCCUGCCAGGCCUGAGCCCUGGCUGCUCUGUGGCCCCUCUAUGCCCCACCCACCAGGGUACUCUCAGUAACUCUGAGAAAAUGCUCCCUGCAGUGUCCCUGUCCUACUCUGGGUGGGCUGGAUUUCUACCUGCCCUCGAGGCCAUGUAUAUUGUAUGGCCAUGCAUAUUAAAAAAUUGGGGUGGGGGUGGGAAUUUGAGCAAGGCAUGCUGGGCUGUCGGAGCUCUGCCCACUGCGUGGGUGCACUUUUUUUUCCACUAAGAUGCUUGUGUCUUUGGUUUUCACAUUUUCAUUGAAGAUAAUGGGAGAGGGUGGGUUUUUCCUGACAUUAAGGGGCAGUAGUUCUUCCCCAGGCCUGACCCAACCCCAUCCAGGCAGCUCAGAUCAGACUGGGCCAAGCCAUGGGGGCAGGACCUCGGGGAUCUGGGUUCACCCUGGGCUGCUUAGUGAGCCCCAGGGGAAGGCACCGAGCUGGCCCGACAUUCUCCAAGACCCUGAGCUGUCCAGGGGGGAAGGCGCUCUCUCCUGGGAGGAGCAGGGCCUACCUCUCUGCACCAGCAGUCCUCUGCCCCCCAGGAAGUGGGGGUGGGUGAAGCUGUGCCUUGUAGGGGAAAUGGGGAGUGGGCUCUGCAUGCACAGAUGUAUAAAACAUCCUCAAGAUCAAAAGAGUGACUAUUAAAGAGGAUUUGUAACAACCCA